AUGGAAAACAAAAGCAAUACCCGCGAGGCCUUCAUCUCCAGUUAUCCCUGCGUCUUUCCCUAGCUUUCGUUCUCUUCUCAUCGCCGGAGCGUCCAUAGCCAUCUUCUCCGACAUAGCCAUCUUCUCCGACACAGAGAGAACAAAAGAAAAUGUCGGAAAAUCCAUUCGAAGCCAUCCUAAAAGCCACCGAAUCCCUCUCCCGCUGCGUCCAAACCCAUCUCUCCCGCCUCUUUCCCGCCCCCCAAAACCACCACCACCGCUCGUCUCCGCCUCCCCUCUUUGUCUCCUCCAAGCCCUCCGGUCUUCUUCAAUCCACGGAUGCCGCUUCUCCCAUGAAGGAGAAGUCGGCGAUUCCAUUGACGAAGGAGGAGCUCGGGAGGUCUACGUGGACUCUUCUCCACACCAUUGCAGCACAGUUUCCAGAUCACCCAACAAGACAGCAAAAACAUGAUGUAAAAGAACUGAUGGUCAUAUUAUCUCGACUUUAUCCUUGUAAAGAAUGUGCAGAUCAUUUUAAGGAAAUUUUGAAAGCGAACCCUGUACAAGCUGGAUCACAAGCUGAGUUCUCUCAAUGGCUGUGUCAUGUGCACAACAUUGUUAACCGAAGCCUUGGAAAAUUGACAUUUCCCUGCAAUAGAGUGAAUGCUAGAUGGGGAAAAUUGGACUGCAAGGAUCGUGCAUGUGAUCUGCAAGGCACUACAGACUUCAACUACCAACCAUGAUGACUCCAAUUCCUCUUUAGAAGGAAAUGCUAAGGGAAAGGGUCUAACAUUGCUACCAUUACUUUUGGAUCAGCCAUCUGGCUUCUUCCCAGAGAAAUGUGAAAGUGUUGAACUUCAGUUCUUCAGAAGGUCUGUCAUUUUCAUCAUGUCCUGGUGUAUAAUAUUACAGUUGAUUUAUCUGGUCAUCUGGACCUUGUUAGCAGUCCUCAAACUUUCCAAUAAGACAUGUUGGUUAUUUAAAUUUUAAUUAAUACUACAUUUUAUUAA